ACUCUUGUGUGCUAAGAAAAUACUAAUGAUUUUAGUCACGGGGGAGAUAAACUUUCAUUGAAUCUGUUGACUACGGUACUGUAGAGCUUUAUACGCCAUCGGUAGGCCUAAAUUAUUAUUAUUAUUUUUUUUUUUUUACUACAGGACACAAACCUCCUUUUUUAGUUGUUUAAAUAAAAAUAGAAUCGAUUUUUAAAGUCUAUUUCUGAUUUUGAGCAGUGCUCUGGAAUAUUAUUACCGUGUAUUAAAAAAUAGUGAAUGGCUUUACCGAGUAUAUUCGGUUUUAUUCAGAAUGUCUCUCGACUCUCAGUCAUCAAAGUCUGUACACUGUACUGAGCUGUAACUGUAACUGAGUAAAAUGUGUUAUCUAUAAGUCAGUGUAUUAAUAAUAAUAAUAAUAAAGGGUCUUAUAUAGCGCCUAGGGCUGGGCUCACCGCACUGUACAUAAAAAUUUUAUCAAAAGAGACAUAAUCAUGACAAUUAAAAUAAAAUACAUUUGAAAUAAGGAACAGCAAAAAAAAAAUGUAUUUUCACCAACCCCAGCUCAUAACUUUUACAAGGCAGCCAGCAAGUUCGUUUAUCGGUCAGAGGAGGGGAAUCACUCAGUUCACUCAGGGUAGUAUAAUUUAAAAAGAUGUGUUUUGAGUGCAGUUUUGAAGGCCUGGGUCUGGGUAGUUGGACCGGUUGGUAUAUUGCAUAUGUGUAGUAGUAGUAGCAAAGAAUUCCAUUGUUUGGGGGCACAGAAAGAGAAAGAUCGUUCACCAUAUGUUUUAGUGUGUCUUGGGAACGGACACUAUACGCGUGUCGGCAGAGGAGUAAGUGAAAGUGCCUAUUAACUGUUACUAAUUAAUUGCAAUAACUUAACUUUUAACUGCAGAAGAAGUGCAUCAGGAACUAUGAAUUAUCUAAUUAUGAUAAAUGUUAUAAAGUUAUAUACUAAGACUAGGCACUUUAGUAUCACCCGGGAAAUGCAGAAAACUGGGUAUCAUGAUUUCAUUAUCCGAAUUGCAACUUCCACUUUUUAAUUUACAGAGACUCUGGUUGUUUAGGAUUUCUUUCCUAAUUAUAGACUAUCACUAUCAUGCACAUUCUAUUUCCAACCAUGCCCAUAUCUUAGAGACAUUAGAGUAGACAUAAUAUAUUGUUUUACCAUUAGACACUUUUUUUAUAAAAAGAAUUUAUGAUCUUCACAUUAAAUUGAAGGUAAAAACAAUACUAACUCUACUUAUUCAUUGAGUCUUUGAUUCUAACAAUGUAUGUUGAUUUGUGAACUCAUUUAAAAUUAGUGACUAGUGACAUACUAAUUUUUUGUCAUAUUCAUAUAGUAUAUGGGAAAUAUAUAAUUUAUAUAUUAAUAAGGAAACUUAUAAAGAUUUUUUUUAAAUUUAAAUUUGAAGAAUAUUAACAAUACCAGUAGCUAAAAUUAUAUUUUACUCCAUUCCCUGUAACCAUUAUGUUUUGUCUCAUUUUAGAAUAAAGUUUUAGACGUAAAAACAAAAGCUAAAUAAGGGUCAUGAAAUGUGGAGGAAAACUCCAUAGUGAAAAAGUUGUAUUGAGGUCCUUGCUAAAAAAAUUCAUAACUUUUGAACCACUAGAGCUAGAAUGUUGAUCCUGUUUUUUUUUGUUUUUUUGUAAACCAUUCGCUAGCCUACAUACAAAUACAACUAUAUUAUUUAUAUAUUUGUAACAAUGUUUUGAAAUUUUCAUCAAAGUUCCUAUUAUUUACUGACCCAUACUCAUAGUCAUACCAAUCAAUAAUUCCAAAAAGUUUAUAAAAACAUUAGUUUGUCGUAAUUAUUUUUAAAUUUUUGUUAGAGAUCAUUCUUAAAAACUAAUAGGCCCUAAUGUGAUAAACAAAAGUUUUAAAUUAAGCCUUAAUUUGUGUUAUUUUAACUUUUUUGAGUUUGUAUUUACAAAAAAAAAAUUUUUGCAGACCUAGGCAAAUAUAUUUCUCAGUAUAUUUGAUAUAGUAGGGCCUAUUUAAAAAAUCUAAUUUAUAAUUUAUGUAUAAAAAUGUAAAUAUUACUUUCAUUAAUGCUGUAAACUUUGUUUUUAUUUAAAACAUCCCAAUAUUUUUUUUUAGUGUUUUAAAUUAAAAAAAUAAGAUUAUCUAAAAAUAUUAUAUAUUAUAUUGUUACUUAAGAGUUAAAAAUUUUUUUUUUAAGUUCAUCUUCUUGUGGCAUCAAGUCUCAUAGAUAUGACAACUACUACAUCCACGGAUAAAUCAACUGCUAAACCUGAUGAGACUUGCAGUCUCAGUUUUCUAAAAGAUUUCCCUCCUGGACCUCUAGAUCCCUACAGACAUGAGGCUUCAUUUAGCUGGAAGCAGAUGGCUCUAUUCCUUGAAGGCGAGGACAUUCUUAGAUUUAAGGUGAUUAUCAACACGUGAAUGGGAAGAACAUUUUGAGAUUUAAGAUGAUCAUCAACACUAAAUUUUAUUUAGUUGUAAACCAGAUCAAAGAGACUAUAUUUAUUUAGCCACACCCUAAAAUGCGGUUCUGAGCUUGGGGUCAGCUAGAGCUCAUUCACUGGGAAAGAUGACGUAAACACGUGGUUUGCAUAACACUGCAGCUUGGUCAUGUGCAUUAAAAUAUGAAACUAAAUUGUUUUUUUAUAUUUUGUAAACUACUUGACUUGAAUCAGAAUUUAUUCUCAUCUGUAUUUAAAAGUGGAAUAAAAAAGGUGCUUUUUAAACUUUUAUCCCCAGUACAAAAUAUUCCAUACUCUUGAAAAUGACCCCGUCUUUUCUAAAGGGUUUGAGACCCCAUCACUGGAUAAACAGAGGGAGCUGACAUUUCGUCGCACCCAGCAUGUUGCUGCAUACAACUUUUUACCAGAGGAAGAGCUGUUUGAAAACCCUCUUAAGUACAAGGCAUUCACAGAAGCCCUCGGCAUGUACGACUGGACAGUGUCUGCAAAAUUAAAUCUUAAUAUAGAGGUAAUUUUAUUUACCAUUUUUUGUAGUUACAGUUUCGGAAGUGGGGCAAAAUUGUUGUUUUAUAAUUAUAUGCCAUUGAUUGUUAUGUUUUAUAUGCCAUUGAUUGUUAUGUUUUAAAUGCCAUUGGAAGAGACAACAAUUAAUUAGUCUCAUAGUUGAGGUUUUAAAGAAGGGAUAAAAUUUACUCGCUACCAAGACAAAGAAUAAAUGAUGGAGAUCAAAAUCAGGCUGAUUUAUGCUGUCUUUAUUCCAAUCCUUGCCAGUGUCAAAUCUGUCAAAUCUUGAAUAAAAUUCUAAAGAGAAAAAUAUUCACUUAGGAAAUGAUAUGUAUGAGGCAAGCACCUGAUAAAACAAGAAGGAAACAUACGGAACCAGGAAAUAAGAUAAAUGGAUGGUGCUGUCCCAAUCAGCCCAGCAACAAAUUAAUGGGUUUUGCCGGACACCUGCUUGUAAUGCCUAUUAACCCUCGAACUGUGGUCGGCCGAUGAAAUCAGCCCAUAUUCUCGUUCUGUGCUGUGGCGGCCGAUAAAAAAACACGGUCCAAUAGCAACUUCCAAUUCAAUAUUUAACCGAAAUCAUAGCCACUUCCUUUUAUUAAUAAUUAAAUCAUCUUCCGGGUCAAGCUGUUUCUUGAUAACUGAACAAUAAGUACUUUUUAAUUGGAAUUUUAUAUCACUGUUUUUUAGAAGCAAAAAUGGCGGAAGCCAUGGCUGGGCCUUCAGUGCGAGAAAUAAUAGAAAUAUUUUUUAAAGCUUUCUAGGAGAGGAUUUAAGUGAUACUGAUGAUGAUUUUAUAAUUCCCCAUGAUAUCUCACUUCAGAUUCUUCUUUUCGUGAAUCUGAUACUAGUCCUAGUGAUACUGAGUAGGCCUAAUGAGGCUACUGUUUGACUUUGAGCCAGAACCGGAGGUUGGGCAAGGACUGACUGAAUUUUAGUCACAGAAGCUACAUAUUAUAAAUCAGAACUAAUAAAUUUUAUAGUUUAACAACCCAAAUCAGUUCCACAGUUCCUUUUUAAAUGUUUAAUAGUCAAUAAUAACUAUUUUGCCUGAGAUUUUGUAUUUUGUAUUUGGUUUUAGCUGUGGUCCCAGUUUCUUAUAUUAAUGACCUAAAAUUACUAAAAUUGCUUUCAGAUGUUUAAUUGCAAUCAAAACCUUAGCAAACUAUACAUUUUCUGAAAGAUAAAUGUAUUUGCUACAACAUUUAGAUUUGUGUUUUAAGUGUAUCUAUAAAAAUGAAUGAUGUUAUGUGCACUUGAAAGCAAGACAUUUUUCGAUUUUAAUUUUCUUGAGCAUUCCAAGGUCAAGGACACUGAGCAAAAUUUUUUUAACGGGGUGGGCAAUAUAGCCAACUUUAUCCCCAUCCAUUUACUUUUCUAAAAAUAUAAAUUAUUGGGGGUCUUGUAUCAAUAUUUCUAUGUCAUUUAAUGCAAUUUCAAAAGGCACUCAAAAAGCUCUGAAAAGCUCCUCACCACAGAAUGAUGCAUGCCACAGUUCGAGGGUUAACCAUCCUGCAUUGCAAGCAUACAGUAGCAGGCACUCAGGGCCAAGGAAGACACAGAGUCAGGGAAUGUGUUAAGGACAUCUUUAAAGUCCAAAACAAGAACUACCAGCAGGCCUUACACCUUGCUGCAGUCCAUGAACUAUAUCUUCCUUGAUGUUUAAAACGGACAGAAGAAGAACAUGUCAAGUUUUAUUUCAAGAUAUUUCAAAUUUCUUUCAAAUAAUCACAUAAUUCAAGAAUUUCAAAUAAAGAUCGUAUUUAUUUCAUUUGAAAUGUGCUUCAUAGAUUACAUCAUCAUAAUAUAUAACAAAUAAUAUUUUUUUUUUUAGAUGUUUGCUGGCUCUGUACGUAACAUGGGCUCUAAACGUCAUUCUGAGAUUGUAGAGCAAAAUCAUUCACAUCAGGUGAGGCAACCAAAUCAUUCAAAUCAGUUAAGGUAACAAGCAUCAUUUAAGUUUCAGUCAGUAUGCCACAAUACCAACCAUGAUGACACUAAAAACUUGCAUAUUAAUAUCAAGCAAUGCAAGAAAUGAAACAUUCUUUAACAACCUCAUUACAAUCUCUAACCCUAUCUUCUCAUUACAAUCUCUAACCCUAUCUUCUCACUACAAUCUCUAACCCUAUCUUCUCACUACAAUCUCUAACCCUAUCUACUCAUUACAAGCUAGCUUUAAUCUCUCAUUACCAUUUCUAAAUUACUCACUACAUUCAACUAACAGAACUUUGGAUGCUUCAUUCUCACUGAGUUAAGCCAUGGCAGCAAUACCAAGAAUAUGAGAACCACUGCCACCUAUGACUCCAAGACUAAGGUAAACUUUCAUUUCACCUUUAGCGUUAGACAGACACCCUCCAUGUUGUGAACUUUCAAUGAGACACUUAGACACCCUCCAUGUUGUGAACUUUCAAUGAGACACUUAGACACCCUCCAUGUUGUGAACUUUCAAUGAGACAUUUACACACCCUCCUUGUUGUGUACCUUUAGUGAGACUCACUUACUAGACACCUAGACAAGCUCCAUAUUCCAUUCUCCAUGUGUGAGUCACUGACUAGAUAUAUUCUAUUCACUCAUUGAUAAUUUCUAUAUCAAUAAUUUGCUGGUUUAAACUUUUCACAUCCAUUAGUUGCACUUAUGCUUUUUCUACACCCAUUGAAGUCUGUUGUAUACCCUCUUUGUCCAUUAGUGUCUAUUACAUACCCUCUUUGUCCAUUGCAUAUCCUCUUUGUCCAUUAGUUCUAUUGCAUACCCUCUUUGUCCAUUAGUGUCUAUUGUAUACUCUCUUUGUCCAUUAGUGUCUAUUGCAUUCCCUCUUUGUCCAUUAGUGUCUAUUGCAUACCCUCUUUGUCCAUUAGUGUCUAUUGCAUACCCUCUUUGUCCAUUAGUGUCUAUUGUAUACUCUCUUUGUCCAUUAGUGUCUAUUGUAUACUCUACAUCCUUUACUGUCUAUUUUAAACUCUUUAUGCCCAUUACUAUCUAUCGCAUUCUCUCUAAAUCAGUUACUGAUUAUUGUAUACUCUUAAUGUCCAUUACUGUCUUUUGAAUACUUUCUGUAGGAAUUUGUCAUCAAUACACCAGACUUCGAAGCUACAAAAAUUUGGGUGGGCAACUUGGGCAAGCAGGCAACACAUGGCAUCCUGUACGCCCAGCUCUACACAGAAGAUGGCACCUGCCACGGCCUGCAUUCCUUUGUUGUUCCUAUCAGAGAUCCCAGAACACUUUUUGCCCUGCCUGGGGUUUUAGUUGGUGACAUGGGGGAAAAAAUUGGUCUCAAUGGAUUAGAUAAUGGGUAGGUGACUUGGUUGGUGACAUGGGGGAAAAAAUUGGUCUCAAUGGAUUAGAUAAUGGGUAGGUGACUUGGUUGGUGACAUGGGGGAAAAAAUUGGUCUCAAUGGAUUAGAUAAUGGUUAAGUGACUUGGUUAGUGACAUGGGGGAAAAAAUUGGUCUCAAUGGAUUAGAUAAUGGGUAAGUGACUUGGUUAGUGACAUGGGGGAAAAAAUUGGUCUCAAUGGAUUUGAUAAUGGGUAAGUGACUUGGUUAGUGACAUGGGGGAAAAAAUUGGUCUCAAUGGAUUAGAUAAUGGGUAGGUGACUUGGUUAGUGACAUGGGGGAAAAAAUUAGUCUCAAUGGAUUAGAUAAUGGGUAAGUGACUUGGUUAGUGACAUGGGGGAAAAAAUUGGUCUCAAUGGAUUAGAUAAUGGGUAGGUGACUUGGUUAGUGACAUGGGGGAAAAAAUUGGUCUCAAUGGAUUAGAUAAUGGGUAAGUGACUUGGUUAGUGACAUGGGGGAAAAAAUUGGUCUCAAUGGAUUAGAUAAUGGGUAGGUGGCUUGGUUAGUGACAAUGAAUGGUUUAUAAAAAACUUGAUGAAUAAACUUAAUAUUGUAAGGCUUUAAAGACUUCCUUGACAUGUUGAUAAUUUUUGACCCAAACAGGAACAUGGCAAUGUUGCCAGACCUGACUAUAUUUGUUUGUUAUCUCAGCUUGUCUGCUGGUUCACUGACCCUAGGAGUAGGGCAGAUUUAAGUCCUGCCUGAUUUCUCUAUUUUCAGCUUUGUGGCUUUCAAUCAGUUCAGGGUACCCAGAGAAAAUCUUCUGGAUAAAUUUGGUGACGUUACCCCUGAUGGUCACUAUGUUACACCAUAUAAGGUAAUAUGGGUCACUUUCAGGGUAGAAUGGUAAUUAAAUUGUAUAAUUUAUUGUGCAAUUAAUAUAUACUGGAAUCCCAACAAGAGUUUUGGUGCUUCUUUGGCGCACUGUCAGGGUACAGUGUAUGUACUUAAUUAUAUCAUUUUAUGUAUAAACUUUUCAAAGGAUCCCAACAAGAGAUUUGGUGCUUCUCUUGGGGCACUGUCAGGGGGCAGAGUUGGUAUUACAGGAAUGGGUGUGGCCAACUUGAGGCUCUGCAUGCCCAUUGCCAUUAGAUAUUCAGCAGUGAGACGCCAGUUUGGGCCUGGGAAAGAAGAGAUAGCUGUCAUUGAGUAUCAACUGCAGGUAAGUGUGCGUAUGAAUAGUCAAUCCAUUCAUGUUUGUUCAUUGUCACUCAUAUCAUGUUUGUUCAAAGUCACCUAAUCCAUUCAUGUUUGUUCAUUGUCACUCAUAUCAUGUUUGUUCAAAGUCACCUAAUCCAUUCAUGUUCAUUGUCACUCAGAUCAUGUUUGUUCAAAGUCACCCAAUCCAUUCAUGUUUGUUCAUUGUCACUCAUAUCAUGUUUGUUCAAAGUCACCUAAUCCAUUCAUGUUCAUUUUCACUCAUAUCAUGUGUGUUCAAAGUCACCUAAUCCAUUCAUGUUUGUUCAUUGUCACUCAUAUUAUGUGUGUUCAAAGUCACCUAAUCCAUUCAUGUUUGUUCAUUGUCACUCAUAUCAUGUUUGUUCAAAGUCACCUAAUCCAUUCAUGUUCAUUGUCACUCAUAUCAUGUGUGUUCAAAGUCACCUAAUCCAUUCAUGUUUGUUCAUUGUCACUCAUAUCAUGUUUGUUCAAAGUCACCUAAUCCAUUCAUGUUUGUUCAUUGUCACUCAUAUCAUGUUUGUUCAAAGUCACCUAAUCCAUUCAUGUUCAUUGUCACUCAGAUCAUGUUUGUUCAAAGUCACCCAAUCCAUUCAUGUUUGUUCAUUGUCACUCAUAUCAUGUUUGUUCAAAGUCACCUAAUCCAUUCAUGUUCAUUUUCACUCAUAUCAUGUGUGUUCAAAGUCACCUAAUCCAUUCAUGUUUGUUCAUUGUCACUCAUAUUAUGUGUGUUCAAAGUCACCUAAUCCAUUCAUGUUUGUUCAUUGUCACUCAUAUCAUGUUUGUUCAAAGUCACCUAAUCCAUUCAUGUUCAUUGUCACUCAUAUCAUGUGUGUUCAAAGUCACCUAAUCCAUUCAUGUUUGUUCAUUGUCACUCAUAUCAUGUUUGUUCAAAGUCACCUAAUCCAUUCAUGUUCAUCGUCACUCAUAUCAUGUUUGUUCAAAGUCACCUAAUCCAUUCAUGUUUGUUCAUUGUCACUCAUAUCAUGUGUGUUCAAAGUCACCUAAUCCAUUCAUGUUUGUUCAUUGUCACUCAUAUCAUGUUUGUUCAAAGUCACCUAAUCCAUUCAUGUUCAUUGUCACUCAUAUCAUGUUUGUUCAAAGUCACCUAAUCCAUUCAUGUUUGUUCAUUGUCACUCAUAUCAUGUUUGUUCAAAGUCACCUAAUCCAUUCAUAUUUGUUCAUUGUCACUCAAUCAAUUGGGUUAUCCCAAUUCAUGCAUAUAUGUGACAAGAUGCUAUUGUGUUAUGUUCCAUGGCACAGUUGUUAGAGAUUAUAGAUGAAUGUCAGAGCUAUAAGAUAACAGAUGUAACUUGACCUAGGCUAAUGGUGUCAAGGGGUGGGGCUACUGGCAGGGCCAUGGUAUACUAGGAUUUUCUAAACAUUCUUUUACUUGGCUGUUGUUUUAACAUUUAGGUUGUUCAGGUACAGAUAGCCAAUUGACCAAAAUAUUCAUAAAUGUUUUUGAAACGUGUUUGUUUAAUUAUUAAAGGGUAUUUAUUUUUGUUUUCUUGGCAAUUUAAAAAAUUAGGAAGUUGAAUAAAUAUUAGAUUAAUAUAUCAUUGUAUCCCUCCCACUGCGAGAUUUACUUUUCUCUUUUUAGAGUAACUAUGUUAAUGAUAAUUGUUAAGUAUUUAUUAGCAUGCAGAUCAUCAUUAAAGUGCAGAUCAUCAUCAAAGAUGAUCGUCAAACAUCAGAAUAAUUACAAGAAAAUAGAACUGAGAAGCUCUCCAUUUACUGUUAAGUUACUGACUUCAAUUAGAAGUUUAUAAUAAAAGUUAUUUAGAUUUGUACAGUUACAAAGGGGAUGUUACUGACAUCAGUUAGAAGUUUAUAAUAAAAGUUAUUUAGAUUUGUACAGUUACAAAGGAGGAUGUUACUGACAUCAGUUAGAAGUUUAUAAUAAAAGUUAUUUUAGAUUUGUACAGUUACAAAGGGCGAGUUACUGACAUCAGUUAGAAGUUUAUAAUAAAAGUUAUUUUAGAUUUGUACAGUUACAAAGGGGGAUGUUACUGACAUCAGUUAGAAGUUUAUAAUAAAAGUUAUUUAGAUUUGUACAGUUACAAAGGGGGAUGUUACUGACAUCAGUUAGAAGUUUAUAAUAAAAGUUAUUUAGAUUUGUACAGUUACAAAGGGGAUGUUACUGACAUCAGUUAGAAGUUUAUAAUAAAAGUUAUUUUAGAUUUGUACAGUUACAAAGGGGGAUGUUACUGACAUCAGUUAGAAGUUUAUAAUAAAAGUUAUUUAGAUUUGUACAGUUACAAAGGGGGAUGUUACUGACAUCAGUUAGAAGUUUAUAAUAAAAGUUAUUUUAGAUUUGUACAGUUACAAAGGGGGAUGUUACUGACAUCAGUUAGAAGUUUAUAAUAAAAGUUAUUUUAGAUUUGUACAGUUACAAAGGGGGAUGUUACUGACAUCAGUUAGAAGUUUAUAAUAAAAGUUAUUUAGAUUUGCAGUUACAAAGGGCGAGUUACUGACAUCAGUUAGAAGUUUAUAAUAAAAGUUAUUUAGAUUUGCACAGUUACAAAGGAGGAUCAAUCUACACUUUUUUUGCCAUUUGCCCUCUACAUUAUAUUGUGUUAUGAAAAUGAGAUGAGGUUAUUGACAGAGAUGAGGUUGUUGACAUUAUUUAUUGUUAUCUGACAGCAAUGGCGUCUCUUCCCAUAUUUAGCAGCUACUUAUGCCUUGGAUAUAUUCUCUACCUCUUUCUUCAUGGACUUUGUGCUGCUGAGAAUAGGAGCCAUGGUUGGGGAUAACAGUCAGAAACAUGUAAGGCAGCUGAUACAGUCAGGUUAUACACCACAGUCAGUUUAUCAUUUAUAACAAAGCAAUCAGUUCAUGCCAUCACAAUGAGUAUAUACUGAGAAUAGGAGCCAUGGUUGGAGAUAACAGUCAGAAACAUGUAAGGCAGCUGAUGCAGUCAGGUUAUACACCGCAGUCAGUUUAUCAUUUAUAACAAAGCAAUCAGUUCAUGCCAUCACAAUGAGUCUAAACUGCACAAUCAGUUUAUGUCAGCACAAUUUAUACAAACAAAAUGAGCAUAUAUGGCACAAUCAGUUUAUACUACACAAUCAGUUUAAAACAAUACAAUCAGUUUAUGCCAGAAAAAUUUAUAUAAACAUAAUGAGUAUAUAUGGCACAAUCAGCUUAUAUGGACAAUCAGUUUACACAGAUCAGUUAGUUACAGGACAGAAAGUUGAUACCAGCACAAUGGAUGCCAGCAAAGUCAGGUGGUACAAAUGCAAUCAGAUUUAAUCUGUUUAUAAUAGCACCAUCGGGUUAUACAAGCAACAUUAUUUAGUGGUAAAAUUAUGUACAGGGUUCAACUGAGCAUUUGUCUUAACAUCAAAAAGUCAUUUGUGACCUUCCUCCUAAACCAGGCUGACCUUGGCAAGGAAAUUCAUGCAUUGUCCUGUGCUAGUAAGCCUUUGGCAGGAUGGAUUGCUCGGGAUGCUAUCCAAGAGUGCAGGGAAGCCUGUGGAGGGCAUGGGUAUUUUAAAGGUAAGUCAGGUGGUAGGCAUGAGGUCAGGUUACAGAUGGCAGCAUGUAGUCAAGCUACAGGUGCCAAGUGUUAGGCAUGAGGUCAGGUUACAGGUGGUAGUAUGGGGUCAAGUUAUAGGUGCCAAGUGUUUGGCAUGAAGUCAGGUUACAGGUGGUAGCAUGGGGUCAAGUUAUUGGCGCCAAUUGUUAGGCAUGAAGUCAGGUUACAGGUGGUAGUAUGGGGUCAAGUUAUAGGUGCCAAGUGUUAGGCAUGAAGUCAGGUUACAGAUGGUUGUAUGGGGUCAAGUUAUAGGUGCCAAGUGUUAGGCAUGAAGUCAGGUUACAGGUGGUAGUAUGGGGUCAAGUUAUAGGUGCCAAGUGGUAGACAGGAGGUCAGGUUACAGAUGGUUGUAUGGGGUCAAGUUAAAGGUGCCGAUUGUUAGGCAUGAGGUCAGGUUACAGGUGGUAGACAUGAGGUGGUCAGGUUACAGAUGGUUGCAUGGGGUCAGGUUACAGGUGGUAGACAUGAGGUCAAGUUACAGGUGUCAAGUUUUUGGCAUGAGGUCAGGUUCUAGGUGGUAGCAUUGGGGUCAGGUAACAUGUGAGACCGGGUCUAGACAUAAGUCAGGCUAACACAAUUUGAGUCUAAAAAUGCUUUAAAUGAACCUAUCGGCUUCUCGUCCUUGAAAUACAAGUUUAAUUUUGCUUUAGAGUUAAUAGGAACAUUUGAGGCUUGUUGUAAUGUGUAGUUGAUAUUUUUUAAUCUCAACACACAUCAAAACAAAUUAAUUUCAUGAAAACACUUUUAGUGUAUGAAUUUGUAUUUUUUUUUAUAGGAAAUGUAAUUUGUAACACUUUUAACAGAUGAAUUUGUAAUACUCUUUGUGAAUUAAAUUACAAUACUUUGAUUUAUUGAAUUGGUAAUACUUUUAGUGAAUCGUUUGGGUGAUAUACGUAAUGACCAUGAUCCCAACAACACAUACGAGGGAGACAACAAUGUACUUCUGCAGCAGACAAGCAACUAUUUACUGUCAUAUGUAGAAAAGGCUCUUUCAGGUAGAUUGGGUUACAAUGAUAACUCUAAUAAUUUAGAUAACUAUAUAUAGAUUAUACAGAAGUCGGGACACACAGGCAAUAUAUGGACACCUUGUAGAUAUUAAAUUGAGACAGCUACUUGUAUAAUAUAAACAGUUGUGUAAAAUAUUAGGAAACUCUUGCUCUUCUAUAUAAGUAAAUUGAUUAUCCUGAAAUAAGUCUAAUAAUAUCCAUAUAUCCAAUGGAUCCAACUGAUAAUUACCUGUAACUAUUUGGUCCAGUUCUACGUAACAUCCUGUAACAAUAGGUUGAACAGAGCUCUCUGUAGUAUCCCAAUGUUAGAAAGCACAGUGCUCCACAUUACUGUCAAUUUUGUCUUUGUUUUGCUUUGACAUUUUUCAGGGGAAACACUCACCAGCCCACUGGGAUCAGUCAACAUUUUGUCUGACUUGCCACAUAGGCUGAAAUCUCAAUUCUCUGCCAAAACUGUUGAGGAUUGCCUUAACCCUAAUGGUAAAAAGCUCAGUGGAAUAUAUUACAGUUAACAGUGGGUGUUGGUGAUUUUUUUUUGGGGGGGGGGGGGGAAAAACAGACAAGGGCAGUUGGCAACCAACACCAGGCACAGGGUAUUUUCUUAAUAAAAAGUACUUGACAUGUAUCCAUUAACAUGGAUAACUUUAUUGUAUGCUCCAAUAGGAUUCUGGAAAAACUUGUAUAAAAAUAACUCCUACAGAUGGAUGAAGGCUUUUAGUCAGCAUAACAAUCUGGUCACAUAUAUAUUAGCAAUAUUUAGUUUUAUUAGGAUAUGUCCUACAUGGCCCAUUUUGAUGUUGUCAGGGCUGCCUGAGCUGUUGGAUAAAGACUUCCUGUCAUUAUAUCCAAACCUGGUUCUGUAUCUUCUUCUGCUCCGUACCUGGGGCGAAGUUGGUCUAAAUGUCUCUUUCAUAUGGGACCAUUCGGAUAAAUCUUCACCUUGAAAAGUCGUGGACCCAUAACUUGGAUGAUUGUACCGGGAGCCCAUCCUGGUUUAGAAUCUGUUGUUGUUCCAUAUAUUCUGAUGUAACAUCGAUCACCCCUGUUUAAUGAUUGACGAGGACUUCUAUUUGUCCCAUUACGGACUGCUAUAUCUUUAAGAUGUUGUCCCCGUGCUCGAUGAGCAGGAGAGAGAACUAGAGUAUCAAUAAGUGUUCUUAUUUGCCGAUUGUUCAGCAGUUGGCUAGGUGAUGAUCCACUAGCCAAUGGUGUCCUAUGAUACUGACGCAGAAAGUCAUGUAGAGAUUCCUUUAAAGCUAAUGAUGAUUUCUUUAGUGAACUCUUGAAACUUUGAAUCAGUCGUUCUGCAGCUCCAUUCAUAGCAGGAUGAUAGGGAGCGCCUGCGAGAUGUACAAUACCCUUCUCUUUACACCAAUCCUGAAAUUCUUCCGAGAUGAAGCAAGUAGCAUUAUCACUUACUUUGGUGUGUGGAUAGCCGAAAUUAGCAAACUCUUCCUCCAGAAGAUCAAUGGUGGCUUUGGUCAAUGUAGAUGUUAUCCUGUGGAUACACAGAUACUUUGAAUAAGUAUCUAUCAUCACCAGCCAAUGUGAUCCCUUAAAGUUAAUGGAAUGGUCGAUAUGCACUCGACUCCAUGGUUGGAUACUUGCUUUGUUUGGGUCUCUGGCAUGUUCUGCACAUGCCUGGCAUGUUCGACCUAUCUCCAUGAUUUGAGCAUCAAGCCAGGGCUAGUAUACCGAUGAUCUGGCUAACUGUUUGAUUCGCUCAAUUCCAAAAUGUCCUGUAUGCAGGAUUUGGAGAACCUGAGCUUGUAGUAUUUUUUGUACCACAAUUCUUGAACCAUAAAAUAGACAAUUCAACUCCACGGAGAGUGAGUCUUGAAUAUUUUUAAAUGCUGCAAUGUUAGCUGCAUCGUUGUUCAAGUGCGCUUUGUUUGUAGAGGACGGCAAGCCCUCUUGACAAUAUCUCAUUACCGUAGACGCAAUAGAAUCUUUAAGUGACUCUUUAGCAAGAACUCCUUGGUCUGUUGGUCUGAUCUGUAAACUGAUUUGUUUGAUCAUGCAUACAGAAUCCAUGUCUGCUUCACUUUCUUCACCAUCAAAAAUUUCAUCUGGCCCUGAGGGUAGACGACUAAGAGCAUCCGCAUUGCAAUGUUCAGUUGACAUACGGAAUUCAAUGAUAUAGUCAUAUUGACUCAAUGUAAGAGCCCAUCUGGCUAAACGAUUUGCUGCCAGUGCUGCUGUUCCUUUUCCUGAACCAAAUAUACUUAUCAGUGGUUAAUGGUCUGUGACUAAAAAAGAUUUUCUUCCAUACAGAUAUUGAUGGAACUUUGAUUGUGCAAAAAUAAUUGACGCUGCUUCCUUCUGAAUCUGGCUAUAUUUGUGUUGUGUUUUUGUGAGAGUUUUUGAAAUGUUAGCAAUAGGGCAUUCUCUGCCAUCAGGAUAUCUGUGGAACAGAACACUUCCUAUGCCAACAUUAGAGACGUCACAGGCUAUGUCUAUAUCAUUGUCUAGAGUUGGCUCAUAGUGAGCUAGAACUGUAUCAGAAGAAAGCAAUUGCUGGACUUUCCUAAAAGCUUCUUCUUGUUCUGUUUUCCGGUUCCAUGAUACGUUCUUUUUAGUUAAAUAAUACAGUGGCUCAAGUAAAGUUGAUAGGUCUGGUAAGAACUUGUUGUGAAACUGCACUUGACCAAGAAAUGACCGUAGACUGGAAAUAUCUGUGGGUGCUGGCAUUGAUAUAACUGCAUCUACUUUGGCUCCUUUUGAUACGCCAUUGCUUGAUAAUUUAUGCCCUAAUUAUUUGAUUGAUUGUUGGGCAAAAAUGCAUUUUUCCAUCCUGCACUUUAAUCCAUUUUCAUUCAGUCUAUAAUAACCUAUGAAGGUUGAUUACAUGGUCUUCCUCAUUCUUUCAACUCACUAGAAUGUCAUCCAUGUACACUGCUACUCCAGGCAAAUCUUGCGUAAGUUUGUCCAUGAUUUCUUGGAAAUAUGCAGGAGCUGAGGUAAUCCCAAAUGGUAAACAUGUUUGCAGCAAUACACCUCUAUGUGUGCUUAAUAUCAAUUUCUCUUGGGUUUCUUUAGCCAGCUUGAUCUGAUUAUAAGCAUCAGCUAGGUCUAUUUUUGAGAAAUAAUGUCUACCUGCUAACUUCCUCAUGAGGUCUUCUGGUAAUGGCAUUGGGUACCUGGUUGUUUCUAACUGUUGAUUUACAGUUUUUGCAUAGUCCCCACAGACCCUAAUUUGUGACUUUUUUCCUGAGCAAGACUUCUUUCUCACUAGAACUAUGGGAGUGCCCCAUUGAUUGAACUGUACUGCUAGCCAGACUAGGAUAUUCCAGCUUCAUAAGCCUCUGCUAGCUCUGUCUUUACUGCAAAUGGAAGAUUUCUAGGUUUCAUAUAAAUUGGUUGUGCAUUUGGCUUGAACUUAAUUUUUAGCUCAAAGUGUUUCAAUAGCCCAAGACCUGAUUCAAACAAUUGAGGGAAUUCUUUACAGAUUUGUUCACAAGCUUUACUCAAUGAAUUUUGAUUACUAAUGUGAUUUGUCAUUGUUUGAGAAAGUGUGUCUAUCGAAAUCUUGAGGUUCUUUAUUGCGGUUCUGCCCAACAAAUUUAAGUUGUGAUCUUGCACUACUACAAAUGACAGAUUUGUAGAUAUUUCCCCUGCAUCAGCAUUUAUCUGAACACCUCCCAAAACAUCAAGUUAGUCACCAGACGCUGACUCGUACUUGACAGAUACUGGGCUCAAGGUUGGUUGUCCCAGCUUUCGCCAAACAGAUUCAGACAUAAAAUUUUCUCAUGCUCCGGUGUCAAUUUCGAAUUCUGUUUUGGAGCAUUCUCUUUCUUAUUAAGACAUACACUUUCUAGAUAUCGUCUCUUGUGGCAAAAGUGGCAGAUCAUGUCUUUAUACUUGCAGACAUUUCCUUUUGGCUGCCUCCUGUCUUAUUCUAGCUGCCUAUUCUAUGAUUGUCUCCCCUGGUUUUCUACUCGGAUCUGACCAAAAUUUGAAUCUUUCCCUGAUCACAAAUUUGGUCGGAUCAAACUGAUCCAUCAUUACCCCACAUACGUCUUCCAUGGUUAAAUCAUUUAUGUUUUGUGGUGACUCUCUUUGUUAUACAAGCGUUGACAACAGUUUUAUGGAGUUCUGGCAUUUGGCUUGUUAAGAAAAUGUGUGCUCACUUUUCCUUUGGUACAUUGUUUUCUAACACAAAGGUCACAUAUCUAGCAUAGUAGUCAGUGAAUUGGCUCAUUACUAUUGAAACAUGCGAAUUUCAUAUUACUCGACGUAUUCCCUUUUGCUAGUUUUAACAGUAAAUCAUUGUGCUGAUUCAGCUUUUGAAUGAUGACCAUUUGGGUCAGAUUUGACUCCACCAUUGUGUGUAUAUCUCUUCAGUUAUGUGAAGUCCCUGGUGUGUAUCAGUCUAACACCAGUCAAUACUGGGUUGAAUUGAGUUAUGCUGUGUUGUAGAUACUGGCCACCAAUUGCAUGUUUACUAUGUUUUUAGUGCCAACAAUAAACAUUGACAUAAAUAUACAUAAAAUACAAGUUGUCAAUAAUGUUGACUCUAUGCUUGAUUCCGGAACACACUCUUCAUUCACACACUUUCACUCCAGUCUCUGCACAUGCGCGUUGUUUGACCUAGUUGGCUAUCAGGACGGUCUAGUCCGCUAGUCUGCUAUAACAAUUAGAAUUUAAGAAUGUUGAAACACAUGAAUUUAUUCUCUACUAUCAAAACAUUGUCCUCACCAACCUGCUGCAGAGAUAGAUACUCACUGUUACAGCCAUGCAUUUGAACACAUGAAAGUUAAUGUUUGAUAUCUACUCUUAAUGAUACAUCCCUUCAUGAUCCGCCAGUUAUCAUUGCUUGUGAUGACACAUUGAAACCACUCUGUUACAGUGGCCCUAGAUGCAUACAAAUGGCUGGUCUGCUACUUAUUGGUGGAGAGCAACAGAAGACUGUCUGAACACAUAGGGAAAGAUGCAUUCACUGCACGUAAUGAUAGCCAGGCGUACUACUGCAGGUCUUUGUCAUUAGCCUUCAUUGAGGUAAGAAGCUUUAGAUGACUAGUGCACGCUAUCAAAGUUACCUUUUAAUGAGGUAAGAUGUUUUAUUUGACAUGUGUAUGCUAUUAAACAGAUACAGAUGUAUAAGAUGAUGGACUGCAAUUAAGCUUGAGUUAUUUAAUAGGCACAAACUCAUUGGAAAAUAAUUUCAUAAGAAGAGAGAGAGAGAUGGGACUCUGGCUGCUUGUAUAGCUUGAACGAGGAGAAACACAAAAAUCAACAUUUUGCCUGUGAUCAGUGUACUACCUAUUGGGCCACAGAAUAAAUGAAGGGAUUCAAGUUAAUGAUAACAACAAGCUGUAAAAGUGCAGAUGUGUCAAGCUGUCAUAGUGCAGAAGUGUCAGGCUGUCAUAGUGCAGAUGUGUCAAGCUGUCAUGGUGCAAAUGUGUCAAGCUGUCAUGGUGCAAAUGUGUCAAGCUGUCAUGGUGCAAAUGUUUCAAGCUGUCAUGGUGCAAAUGUGUCAAGCUGUCAUGGUACAAAUGUGUCAAGCUGGCAUGGUACAGAUGGGUCAAGCAGAAAUGGUGCAAUGUGUCAAGCUGUCAUGGUGCAAAUGUGUCAAGCUGUCAUGGUGCAAAUGUAUCAAGCUGUCAUGAUGCAAAUGUGUCAAGCUGUCAUGGUGCAAAUGUGUCAAGCUGGCAUGGUGCAGAUGGGUCAAGCAGAAAGGGUGAAAUGUGUCAAGCUGUCAUGGUGCAAAUGUGUCAAGCUGUCAUGGUGCAAAUGUGUCAAGCUGGCAUGGUGCAGAUGGGUCAAGCAGAAAUGGUGCAAUGUGUCAAGCUGUCAUGGUGCAAAUGUGUCAAGCUGUCAUGGUGCAAAUGUGUCAAGCUGUCAUGGUGCAAAUGUGUCAAGCUGUCGUGGUGCAAUGUGUCAAGCUGUCAUGGUGCAGAUGUGUCAAGCUGUCAUGGUGCAAAUGUGUCAAGCUGUCAUGGUGCAGAUGUGUCAAGCUGUCAUGGUGCAAUGUGUCAAGUUGUCAUGGUGCAAAUGUGUCAAACUGUCAUGGUGCAAAUGUGUCAAGCUGUCAUGGUGCAAAUGUGUCAAGCUGUCGUGGUGCAAUGUGUCAGGCUGUCAUGGUGCAGAUGUGUCAAGCUGUCAUGGUGCAAAUGUGUCAAGCUUUUAGAUUUGAAUAUUGUUCUUUGGAGACAAUUUCUCAAUUAUGUGCUUCUGAUUGUAAGAUUUAUAAUUGUAUGUACAGCAUUCAGUACAUCAGAGUAGUUUGUAAGAUUUAUAAUUGUAUGUACAGCAUUUAGUACAUCUGAGUAGUUUGUAAGAUUUAUAAUUGUAUGUACAGCAUUCAGUACAUCAGAGUAGUUUGUAAGAUUUAUAAUUGUAUGUACAGCAUUCAGUACAUCUGAGUAGUUUGUAAGAUUUAUAAUUGUAUGUACAGCAUUCAGUACAUCAGAGUAGUUUGUAAGAUUUAUAAUUGUAUGUACAACAUUCAGUACAUCAGAGUAGUUUGUAAGAUUUAUAAUUGUAUGUACAGCAUUCAGUACAUCAGAGUAGUUUGUAAGAUUUAUAAUUGUAUGUACAGCAUUCAGUACAUCAGAGUAGUUUGUAAGAUUUAUAAUUGUAUGUACAGCAUUCAGUACAUCAGAGUAGUUUGUAAGAUUUAUCAUUGUAUGUACAGCAUUCAGUACUUGAGAGGUUUGUGAAGGCGCUGGAUGAGAAGAAUGAUGAACCCACUCCAACCACUCUGAGAACUGUGUUGUCGAGACUGUGUGCAUUGUAUGGCCUGUGGAGCAUCGAGAAGCAUCUUACCACACUGUACCAGGGUAGGAAGACAUAGAUAUGUGUACACUGUACCUGUGUAGGAAGACAUAGAUAUGUGUACACUGUACCUGUGUAGGAAGACAUAUGCGUACAUUGUUCCACGGUAGGAAGACAUAGAUAUGUGUACACUGUACCAGGGUAGGAAGACACAGAUAUGUGUACACUCUCCAGGGUAGGAAGACAUAGAUAUGUGUACACUGUACCAGGGUAGGUAGACAUAUGUGUACACUGUACCAGGGUAGGAAGACAUAGAUAUGUGUACACUGUACCUGGGUAGAAAGACAUAUAUGUGUACACUGUACCAGGGUAGGAAGACAGAUAUGUGUACAGUGUACCAGGGUAGGAAGACACAGAUAUGUGUACACUCUCCAGGGUAGGAAGACAUAGAUAUGUGUACACUGUACCAGGGUAGGUAGACAUAUAUAUAUGUAGGUUUUUGUUUACAAAAACACAGAAAGAGAGCUUGGAUGAAUGUCAGGUAGGAAGAUCUUGACUAUUUUAGGAAUAGUUUGACUAUUUUAGGAAUAGUUUGACUAUUUUAGGAAUAGUUUGACUAUUUUAGGAAUAGUUUGACUAUUUUAGGAAUAGUUUGACUAUUUUAGGAAUAGUUUGACUAUUUUAGGAAUAGUUUGACUAUUUUAGGAAUAGUUUGACUAUUUUAGGAAUAGUUUGACUAUUUUAGGAAUAGUUUGACUAUUUUAGGAAUAGUUUGACUAUUUUAGGAAUAGUUUGACUAUUUUAGGAAUAGUUUGACUAUUGUAGGAAUAGUUUGACUAUUUUAGGAAUAGUUUGACUAUUUUAGGAAUAGUUUGACUAUUUUAGGAAUAGUUUGACUAUUUUAGGAAUAGUUUGACUAUUUUAGGAAUAGUUUGACUACUGUAGGAAUAGUUUGACUAUUUUAGGAAUAGUUUGACUACUGUAGGAAUAGUUUGACUAUUUUAGGAAUAGUUUGACUAUUUUAGGAAUAGUUUGACUACUGUAGGAAUAGUUUGACUAUUUUUCUCAUUAGCACCUUUUCUAACUCUCUAGUCAGUUCCAAGAAAAUAUUGUUUGGACUAUGUGUUAAUUUAUUUAGUGAUAGUCAUUGUGCUCAUCAUCUGCAUGCUUUAAUGCUUCUUUUAUGGUACAAGACUUGCAAUCUUUCACCAAUAGUAUGGAUGAAUACAAUACACACACAUAGACAGCUUGGAUGAAUACAAUACAAACACAUAGACAGCUUGGAUGAAUGCAAUACAAACACAGAGAGCUUGGAUGAAUGCAAUACAAAUACAUAGACAGCUUGGAUGAAUGCAAUGCAAACACAGAGAGCUUGGAUGAAUGCAAUACAAACACAUAGACAGCUUGGAUGAAUACAAUACACACACAUAGACAGCUUGGAUGAAUACAAUACACACACAUAGACAGCUUGGAUGAAUACAAGACACACACAUAGACAGCUUGGAUGAAUACAAUACACACACAGACAGCUUGGAUGAAUGCAAUACAAACACAUAGACAGCUUGGAUGAAUGCAAUACAAACACAGAGAGCUUGGAUGAAUGCAUUACAAAUACAUAGACAGCUUGGAUGAAUGCAAUACAAACACAGAGAGCUUGGAUGAAUACAAUACAAACACAGAGAGCUUGGAUGAAUGCAAUACAAAUACAUAGACAGCUUGGAUGAAUACAAUACACACACAUAGACAGCAUGGAUGAAUGCAAUACAAAUACAUAGACAGCUUGGAUGAAUGCAAUACAAACACAGAGAGCUUGGAUGAAUGCAAAACAAACACAUAGAAAGCUUGGAUGAAUGCAAUACACACACAUAGACAGCAUGGAUGAAUGCAAUACAAAUACAUAGACAGCUUGGAUGAAUGCAAUACAAACACAGAGAGCUUGGAUGAAUGCAAAACAAACACAUAGAAAGCUUGGAUGAAUGCAAUACACACACAUAGACAGCUUGGAUGAAUGCAUCACACACACAUAGACAGCUUGGAUGAAUACAAUACACACACAUAGACAGCUUGGAUGAAUACAAUACACACACAUAGACAGCUCGGAUGAAUACAAUACACACACAUAGACAGCUUGGAUGAGUACAAUUAAAUAGUUUAUUUAGUAUGUUAUGCACAUACAUAAUGUGGUACACACAUAGAGAAUGUGUAUGAAUAUUUAAAACACACAUAGAUACUAUAAAAUUUUUAAACUAAUGAAUGUACAGGUGGCUAUUUGAGUGGAGGUGAUCCACCAAGGCUGAUAAGAGAAGCCAUCUUGCAACUGUGUCUUCAGCUGAAACCUGAUGCAGUCUCCCUUGUAGAUGCCAUUGCUCCUCCUGAUUUCAUCCUUAACUCUCCCAUUGGCUGUUCUGAUGGACAGGUUAGAAUGUCAUAACUGUCAUGUUUCCUUCGUUAAUUUUUUUAAAAGGAAUAUAUUAAAUCUUUUCAACUUCUAAUUGGAAAUGAUAUUGUGUAACAUUUUAUGUGAUGAAUAAAUACAAUAAGACGAUUCUUUAGCACACAGUGGUGAUGUUUUACACAUAGAGGUGAUGUGUUACACACAGAGGUGAUGUGUUACACACUGAGGUGAUGUGUUACACACAGAGGUGAUGUAUUACACACAGAGGUGAUGUGUUACACACAGAGGUGAUGUGUUAUGGUCAGCGGUGAUCUGUUACACACAGAGGGUAUUUUUAGGACAGAACAUUGCGUUGACAUGCAGAAGGACUCUUCUAUAUGAGAUUAUUUUAUUAUUCUAUAAGCCUAUUUAAACAUUUGUUAAGUUUAGUUAGCUAUAAUUUCUUUCUAUUCUUAAGAUGUAGACUUUUGCAUUUCAGAUUUACAAAAAUCUUUACGGUGCCAUGUUGCAAGGUAGUAAAGCCCUUGAGAGGGCUGCCUACUGGGAAGAAGCCAUCACUCCUCCAACGAAGAGACAAGCUUCCAAGUUGUAAUGUCACUUAUCAACCAAUCAAGACAAGUAUUUUAUUCUUUUUGAACAUGACAGUGGAUCAACUUUGUCCCUAGAGUCCAUACAUCUAGUACUACAUCGGCAGUGCAAUAACCCAAGAUAUCUUUAUCUGUCUUAUUUAUAAAGUCUGAAUCUUCUGACAACUAAAUAGACCAAAUGAUGGCCUAGAUUUGAGAAUUUUUUAUUUUAGACAGGAUAAUUGUAAUUUAAUGAAUUUUAUAGGAUUGACUUUAAACAUGAAAAUUCCUUUUUUUUUAAACAGGGCCAUAGGGACCAAGGGCAGAAGAUAUAUCCCAUUUGACAAAUUAAUUUUUUUUCUCCAUUGUUGUAAAGGAUUCAUAAUUGUCAUUUAUUUUCUUGUAAGUUAAUAUAAGAAGUUCAACUUUCUGGGGGAAACAAAAAUAAAGUUAAUUUUUGAAAAUAAAAAUGUGUUAAAUGUAUAAAAAAAUAAAAAAUAGCAGUGUUUAGAAUAGAGAAUAAUGACUACUCCUUGGAUGUGACUAGGAUUUAAAUAUGACAUCAUAUUAUGUGUUGUUGUAUGGUUAAUAUUUAUAUCAGGGAUGUUAGAGUAUUUGCCUUUUUUUUAAUGUGUGGGAAAAAUAUUUUCAUGCACUGACAAAGCUUUUUAAAAAACUUUUUUGAUACAAAAAUUAAAAUUAUGUAUUUGACAUGCCCAACUGACAUGCCCAACUGACAUGCCCAACUGACAUGCCCAACUGGCAUGCCCAACUGACAUGCCCAACUGACAUGCCCAACUGACAUGCCCAACUGACAUGCCCAACUGACAUGCCCAACUGACAUGCCCAACUGGCAUGCUUUGUGGGUUUUUUUUAAAAUCUAACCAACUGGUGAAUUUGGUUCCAACUAUUUCAGGUUAUUGCAAGUUUGAACUUUGUACCCAGUAAUGUUUGUUUUGUUCCUUAUUUCUAGUUUUUAGUUUUAUUUUUACACAUAAUUUUCUUAAAUAAUCAAAUAGUUUUAACUUGGCUGUGUAUUAAAUUGUGAUUUCUUAUACAUAUAUAUGAUGUUUUACCACUCAAAAAAUGCUUUUGGAACUUACAAAUGAUGUGCUAGUACUUACAAAUGAUAUGAUAAUACUUAAAAAUAAUGUUCUAGUACUUACAAGUGAUGUGUUGGCAGUUGUCAUAGAUCAUUUAGCUGGAGGAGGGAGUGAGUUUAAGUGUGCAGAUGUAAGAAUGGGAAUUCACCACACACUACUCUAUACAAUAAUGAAAUAAGUCUCCUUCACAGUACCCUACAGAAUGACCAAGUCUCAAUCACACACUAAUAUCAGACUCAAACCAAUGUCUCCCUGCCCGGCCCACACACUCCUCUCUAUUGAAUAACAUUCCAGAGUGUAGACGUUUUUGCCCUAGUGCUACAUACCUGUGGUUUUCAAAUAAAAAUGAUUUAACAAUU